GGGGGGGGUGGCUGCAGAGACAGAGGGAGCAAGCGGUGAGAACACAGACAGAGGCAACCAGCAAUGGCUCACUAAUGAGAGAUGGACAGUGUGGAUUGUAUCUCAUUACCAAUCAACAUAGCUUUGAGUUCUCUGGAGAGGGAAAAUGCGAGCUGUAAUGUGUGCUGCAUGUGGUCCUUUUUGAUAAACCCAGCUUGUGUGGUGGAGCAUUAGUCACAGCAGUAUCAGAGCUGUUGGAAAUCCACACACACUGCCCUCUGUUCGUUUUGGUUAGGAGUUUCCUCUGAAUAGUACAAUGGGACUUAAUUACAGGUCAGCGGCAUGUCUCAGGGAGAUAGAGGGAGCUCUGUUACCCUUCCAAAUACAGUAUAAUGCCAUCUUCCCAAGGGUAGGGUGGGGUAACAAGAGCUCCACACAAAAAGGUGCUGAUAGGCUGAACCUGAGAAUGGUAUAAGGUGAUCCAGGCAGAGAAAGUGAGCGUUUUACACUAAAAGAGGGAGAAAAGAUAAAGGACUACAUUAACUCUCAAAGGUUUUCUCCCAUUCAGUUUGCCCUCUUUCCUUUCCAGUCCGCUUCCAAGUUAUCAUUCCCUGCCAGCUUUCUUUGACAAAAGCAAAAGUCUGGUCAAAGACGGAGAAAUCUCGAAUUUGCAGAUCAAAAUCAGAUCCUGCUUAACACAGAGAGUCUAUGUAAACAGCUACAGUAGAAAUCCCACUGCGACACAGAGUUUAACACCACCUGUUGGGGCUGUUAGAGGGUUAAACAUGCUCACGGUUGCAUUUUGUGAAAAGAAAAGGAAUAGCCAACAUCAGUGGCAUUUAAAAACUAUAUUAUAUUUGCAUUUUCCGUGACAUUUAUACUGCCUGAACCUAAUACAAAAUUGAAUUGAAGGAAAAUAUAUGUUUUUGUGGGGCUGGGACAGUGAUAUAAACACAGUUAAAAUAUCAACAGGUGAGCAAAUGGAGCAUAAAAUAAUAAUUAUAUAUAUAUAUAUUCAUAAUAAUAAAGUGCAUUUGUAAAGCACUUCUCAAAACCAGAGAGAAAGAGAGAAAGUAAAGAAGAAAAUAAAACAUACACAUACAAAGUGAGAAUAGUAAACCCUUCACUAAAAAUAUGUUUUCAGAAGUGAUUUAAAAGAGGACACUUAUUUUAAAAAGCUCUGACUAUGCAGAUCUCUUACUUCUAAGUGAUGGAACAAAUGCUAAAAAUAGUGAAUAGACAACAUGCACACUCUGGCCUUUAACUAUUAGUAACUUGGAGCAGAGAUAUGUCUUGCAGUUUAAAGUUUAGAUGAUACAAGGGAUCUUUUCUGGCUCAGUGGUUAAACCCUGUUCAUGGUCAGUUUCCCUGUUUUACAAGGUUCUGACAUUACAAGGUUCUGAGUUCGAUACACGUUCAGGGCAGCACUCCUAAUAACAUUUAAGAAAAUCAUUGGCUGCUGCCUGCCCUCCCUCCAUGACAUCCACACCUUCAGGACCAGGAAACGGGCCAGGGGCAUCCCGACUGACCCCUCACACCCACAUGUUCCAGCCCCUCCCCUCUGGGAGGAGAUCCCAGACAAUUAAAACCAAUACCACCAGACACAAGAACACGUUCUUCCCCUGAGCCAUAAAACUCAUAAACUCCUAAGCCAACUACCCUGUCAGCCGACAGACCUGCUGCUAUCUGCCCCUGCACCUGCCACUUCACCCCCCACCCACCCCUCCAGUCUGCGUAUUAGUGUCAUCAUAACAGUGUCUGUGUUUUAUAUUAAAUUGUUAAAUUUUUAUUUAUGUGUAAAACUUUUUAGUGAACCCACCCAGCAUACCAGUGUCUAUGUUAUGUAUUAUGUGAUUUUUUUUUACUGAAUAUAAAUGUCUGCACAUUUUGGAGGCUGAACCAAGAUAAAAAUUCCUUGUAUUUUUAUACUUGGCAAAUAACUGAUCCUUGAAUCCUACAACAGCGCUCUCUAGUGGCAUGGCUCUAUUCAGUGUAUCUCCUGUGGCUCUAUGCAUUAUGUUCAACUUUGGCCUAAAAUUUUUAACUACAUGCUUCAACAUUAUUAAUAGUUUUGAAUAAUCAUAAUCCAAACAAAAGGAUAAGAAGGGCUUCUGUGUGUCCGGAAAUAUAGUUUUACAGCAAAAUCAGAAAUAUCUUCAUGUAUAAAUGCAUCUCGCAACUUUUCUGUUUGGUUUUCUUUUUCUAAUAUUUCUAUGUGCGCUUUGAGAGGUGAUCUGUUGUCUCUGCAGCCCUGUGUGCGACUGUAACAUCCCCUCUGUUUUAUUUAUUGUUUUUAAAUUGCACUUUGGACACUGUUGGGGACUGAGGGAGUGGGGACAAAGUUCACAGGGCGCAUGUAAGGAGGAGGGGGUGAAGAGGAAGAAGGUUAAAAAAAAGAAAAUUGACCUUUGAAAGCAAAACAGCAGGUGAAGAGCUAAAAACCAGGCAGCUCAGGACACAUCGGGAGUAAAUUCAACACAAGGAAAAUGAAAGUAUUUGUCUUAAACUGAAGAGGGAUUACAAAUGUAAUGGAGCCCAAUGCUGCCUGUCUGGCUGUGGUUUGAGUGUGUAAACUGCACAUGAGAGCAGUGUGUUUGUUUGCGAGGCGGUAGCGAGGUGAGGCAUCAGAGUAAUGGAGGGAGAGGAGAGGUCCGGGGCAGCUAAGGCGAGGACGAGUCGUCUGACCGCUCUUCAGGAGCAGCUGAUCUGGGCCCUGCUAGGAUCCGGACUAUCCCGGGACGUCCUGGUCCAAGCCAUGGGGGAACUGGAGCGAGACAGGGCGGCUGCUGGCGCCGAGAAGGGGGAGAGAGGGGAUGGAGAGAGCUCCGAGGAGGGAGAAAUGGAUUUCCCACCGCCCAUAUUCCGAGAUUUGGAGAAGCUUCCCCCAGAGGCGGCAGCCAAACUGAGGACUGAAGUCGACCGGCUACUGCAGGAGGACCCCUGGUGUGUCGCAAAAAUGGUGAAAAGCUACAUGCAGCAGCACAAUCUCCCUCAGAGAGAGGUGGUAGAGUCCACAGGACUCAACCAGUCCCACCUCUCCCAGCACCUCAACAAAGGCACGCCCAUGAAGAACCAGAAGAGAGCUGCUCUGUACAGCUGGUACGUCAAGAAGCAAUGCGAGAUCAGCCAGCAAUUCACCAAUGCCAAACACGGCCUUGCAUCCGUGGAGGACCAAGGAGAGGACACCAGGAAAGGACGGAGGAACAGGUUCAAAUGGGGUCCAGCGUCCCUGCAGAUCCUCUUCCACGCCUACGAACGACAAAAGAACCCCAGCAAGGAGGAGAGAGAGGGGUUGGUGGAUGAUUGUAACAGGGCAGAGUGUCUGCAGAGGGGGGUGUCUCCCUCCCAGCUUGCUGGCCUGGGCUCCAACCUGGUCACGGAGGUCCGGGUGUACAACUGGUUUGCAAACCGUCGCAAAGAAGAGGCCUUCCGUCACAAACUGGCCCUCGACACGCCUUUCACCAACCAGCCUGCCUCCUCUUCUAACCCCCCCCUUCCACCAAGUCCUGAGCACGGUGUGAAAUUUAGUCAGCAAAUCCCAUGUGACACCCUGAGCUCAGCCAGAGGUAGCGGAGUGGAAAGAGUGGGACGCCUGGUGGUCAGCCCUGUCCAACUGGAGCCCAGCCACACACUCCUCGAGGCCCACAAUCCCAAGCCGGUGUCCAGCGGUGGCCCGCUGCCCCCAGUAAGCACUCUGACCUCACUGCACAGUCUGUCCACCUCCCCUAUGUCCUCACAAGGCGUCAUCAUGGCCUCACUGCCCAGCAUCAUGAGUCUGGGAGAGUCCUCACUUCUCAUUGGUUUAGCCUCCACGCAGCCUCAGACCAUACCUGUCAUAAACAAUGUGGGAGGCAGUUUCACCACUCUGCAGCCAAUCUCAUUCCAGCAGCAGCUUCACACCUCCCCCCAGCAGCAAAUAUCACAGCAGCUCCACAGUCACAUGGGUGCCAGUCCAUUCAUGGCAACCAUGGCACAGCUGCCAUGUCACAUGUACAACAAGUCUGAUUCGCCCCAGUACCACUCGUCUGGUCUGCUGUCUCAAGCCAUGGUCAUCGCUGACAGCAGCAGCCUGGGGACGCUGACCAGCCUCGCUGCUGUCAGACAGAUUCUAACAGCAGAUCCCGAGGAACAGACGGAUCCGUCCUUACAGGAAGAAUCUCUGCACCUGCAGCCCCCCACACCUGUACCAGCUUCCUCCGAAAGCCUUGAGCUUUACCCCGCUUCUCAGACGACAGAAAGCCAUCAGUCUCACCUCCUCUCAUCUUCACCAACAGACAUCAGCUCCUACAUUCCUACACAAAUGGUCUCUACUGCGCAGUAGGACUGCCUUGGCAAUGUAGUGUCUCCUCACUAACAGCUGGACUCAUGAGCGUGGUCGUGUUUGAAAUGGACAGAUACCUCGGGUGUAACUUUCCACAGAAACCACAUCAAAUUUUGAAGAGGAUUUCUGGGGUCACGCACCACAAGGAUGAUUCAGCUUUGAUGUUUCAGAGACUCAAACUCCAUACCACUGUAAUACGAACAAGGGUCGACAUUAGAGAAGAUUCACUUUUGAUACAACAGGGAAUCAAAUGAAAAAUC